AUGGAUUUACAAUUGGCAAUGAAAGAGAUGGAAGAAUCGAAGACAUUCCGGAAAGCGAUGAGCAUCUUUCUUGCUAUCGGCAACUCUCUUAGUGGCACUGAGAUCAAAGGCUUCCAACUGGAUUAUUUGGCUAAAGCGUCAGAGGUGAAGGAUCCGGUCUACAAGCACACGUUGACAUACCAUCUGGCUGAGUACAUGCUGAGCAUUACCCAGAAGGAACGGAUCUCUACACCGAGUUCGGCGCCGUGGCUCGUCGAUUACAAGGAAUUGUUCGAUAAUCUGAAGCGACUUGAGAAGGAAUGCAAGGCAAGCUGGGACUACUUGGCAAAGAUCUCGAAAAAUGACAACUCGUCAAUGCGCCAGAAGAUCAACGACUACUUGACAGAUGUCGCACAACGGAUUCAUCAACUCAAUACCAUUCACAACGUCACUAUCAACAGGUGGCACGCAUUUCUGCUCUACUUUGGCUAUGGAGUGAACGAGAUUCCCGAUCAGAAUCCAAAUGAUGUCUUCAAAAUGGUGACGGAAGUUUGCUUUGGAAUACCGUACAACACGUGA